UUCCCAUGAAGCCAGCUCCACCCCCGGAGACGGCCAAGAAAGUAGCUUUCAAGAAGAUGAUGGACUUUGUGAAGGGAGACGACAAUAGCCAAGUUGCUAACAACCAACGGGAGAUGAACCAGAAACUACAGAUUAUGCUGGAAGAAACGCUGACUAAGAACAUGCAUCUACAACAGGACAUUGAAAUGCUAUCGGGAGAGGUGGUUCGACUGAGCAAGCUGGCACCCCUCGCAUCAUCGACUAGUCCACUCCAUCCAAGUCAUAUCACAUGGACAGCAGGUGAUAUCACUUCGGCGGAUGGGGGUUCCUCACCCUCAUCACCGUCCCACUUCACAGGAGACCAAGCCAGUGCUCAGUAACAGCAAUUCCAACCAAAUUUUAUACUCUAUUAAUUUAUUAUAUGAAUGUGCAGUAUUUGUCCGGGCUGCAUCAUAUUGCCAUUAAAGUACUAGUUAAACACAACAUUACUGGGUUCAACUUCAGAGCUGUUGAGCAGAAUAUUGUUUUUGUGCUUAGCGAAAAGUGGAGGGAAUUGAGUUAUAGGCCCUCAUCAUUCUGCUGCUAACAUUCUGAGUAAAGUACAUGUUGUUUGACUGUUGCCAUCUUAAUUUGUACAUGAAUUUAUAUGAAUUUUGAUACCCUAGCAGUGUCCCUGGUAGAUUAAAUCGGCCUUAUUUAUAACAGGUUACAAUAUGGUUACAAUAUACCAUGUGAUCUUUAAAAUGAACUUUUUGAAAGGUCAAGUGUUGACCAAAAUAAACUUUUGGAUGUCAGCUUUGUGUAUGCCUUGACUGCAGUCAUUGUUUCACAUUAUAUUACAUGUAUUUAAUACAGGGCACUGCCAGGGUUAAACACUGCAAGCUCAGUUUCCUGAAAUAUGGCACAUAACUUAAACAAUUUCAAUUUAACAGAGGGACUGUUUAAGUAUGCUUAACACAGCUUAAGCACAGUUAAGCUUUCCAAAUCAGGAUAACAGUAAAAAUACAUUAUGAAAUGUGUGCAGUUUUGUGACUGGUUCCUUGAAAUGUCUGCUUUCUUGUCAGCAAAUAUUUAUUUUACUUAUCUGCUCUAUGAAAUUGUCCUAAGGGUAUAGACCGUAUUAAAUAUGACAUCACCGUUCAAAUAUCUGCCCUACAACACCGCGUCUGCGAGCAUGUGCGUGUGUGUGUGCGCGUGCUUGUG